CUGCAACUGAGAGCCAUGGCUUCUUCUUCCACCAUCUCCUCGUCUUUUGGUUUCUUUGCGGUGUUCCUUUUCCUCUGCACCCUCUCCCAUGCUACGAACCCGGGGCUCAUUUUAACCGUCGUCAACAACUGUCCCUUUACCAUCUGGCCAGCCAUCCAGCCAAACGCCGGCCACGACGUCCUGGAGCGUGGCGGCUUCGCCCUCCACACCCUUACCCACCGCUCCUUCUCCGCCCCUUCUCACCACUGGUCCGGCCGGAUCUGGGCUCGCACCGGAUGCACCUACAUCAACGGCAAGUUCUCCUGCGUCACCGGCGACUGCGGCGGCCGCCUCGAAUGCAGCGGCUCCGGUGGCGCCGCUCCCGCCACUCUGGCCCAGUUCACCCUCCAUCACGGCCAGAACGACUUCUCAUCCUACGCCGUCAGCCUCGUCGAUGGAUUCAACCUUCCGAUGACGGUGACCCCACACGAAGGGAAGGGGUUGUGCCCAGUGGUGGGUUGCAGGGCCAAUCUACUGGAGACGUGUCCGGGGAAGCUGCAAAUGUGGUCCCCACUUGAACAUGGGAAGGUGGUGGCCUGCAAGAGCGGGUGUGAGGCGUUUGGUACCGAUGAGCUGUGUUGCAGGAACCACUACAACAGUCCUCAGACAUGCAGAGCUUCCAGCUUCUCGGAGUUCUUCAAGCAUGCUUGUCCAGCCACGUUUACCUAUGCCCACGAUAGCCCCUCUCUCAUGCACGAGUGUUCUUCACCGCGUGAGCUCAAGGUCAUCUUCUGUCACUAAAGCCAUGUUUGUCUAGCCUGCUUCCUUCCAGAGAAGAGAAGGAUAAAAAAAAUAUUAUAUAUGUAUUAGUGUGCAUCCCUUUGCCGUUUUGUUUUCAUGAGUCUUUCAGAGAAUGUAUUAUGGUUAUGAAUAAUGUUUCGCCGGUUUUGGGCUUUAUUACGUGAAUCAUAUUAUGCGCAGUGGUAAAGGUCUCUCCUUUUCGGAA